CCGCCAUAAAAUAUCAGAAGAAGAAGAAGAAAGAAACCGAAGCUAAUACUAAUACCAAAACAGUCACGUUGCUUUUUUCGGAAUGUAGGAAAACCUAAAAUGAUUUAUUUUCUUGAAGGCGUUUUUCCUAUUCGCUUAGUGUUUGAUUUAUAUCAAGCAUAUAUGUUAGUAGUGUUAGCAGAUUUGUGCUAAAAGACGCUGUCGGUCAGUAUGGGUGCGGCUAACCAACAAACCGAGUAGAUUUAGACUUAAGUUAACAAUGCUUAUAACUUGAUAGUUGUAAUUGAAGUGAACAACACUAUGAAGGGCAUUGUCACAUUCAUUGUUUCAUCACUCGUGUGCGGUGUGAUUGGUGAUGAUGAGAAGCAAGUGUCAGUGUAUGAGGGAGAAUCUGUUACUCUACACACUGAUACUGAAAUACAGAAAUAUGACAAGAUACUGUGGAGGUUUAGAGACAAAGACAAAGCUAUUCUUCUAGUUCAGAUGAUUGACUAUAAGGUCACAUAUAUAGGUUUUUUUGAUGUGAGAUUUAAAGACAGACUGCAGAUAUCAGACACUCAGAGUGGAGAUCUCACCAUCAAGAACAUGAGAAUCAAACACACUGGACUCUAUGACGCAGAGAUCAACACUGCCACUGGAACAUCACACAAGAGAUUUAAUGUUAUUGUCAAAGGUGUGAUUGGUGAUGAAGUGAAGACAGUGUCAGUGUAUGAGGGAGAAUCUGUUACUCUACACACUGAUAUGACUGAACUACAGAGAGAUGACAGGAUAUAUUGGAGAUUUAGAGACAAAGACAAAGUUAUUCUUCUAGUUCAGAUGAUUGACUAUAAGAUCACAUAUUAUGGUUUUAAUGAUGAAAGAUUUAAAGACAGACUGCAGAUAUCAGACACUCACAGUGGAGAUCUCACCAUCAAGAACAUGAGAAUCAAACACACUGGACUCUAUGACGCAGAGAUCAACACUGCCACUGGAACAUCAUACAAGAGAUUUAAUGUUAUUGUCAAAGAAUCUGCUCCUGAACUUACUACAGGUGAAGUGAAGUCAUUGUCAGUGACGGAGGGAGAUUCUGUUACUCUACAAACUGAUCUUACUGACAUACAGAGAGAUGCGUUCAUACUGUGGAGGUUUGGAGAUAAAAGUGUUUUAAUAGCUACAUGUGAUAAGGAGAACAAUGAGAUCUCAUAUGGUAAUGAUGAGAGAUUCAGAGACAGACUGAUGCUGAAUGAUCAAACUGGAGAUCUCACCAUCACAAACUUCAUAAACUCAAACGCUGGAGUUUAUAAACUGAAGAUCAGCAGCACCAAACAGAUCAUAGACAAGACAUUCAGUGUUUCUGUUAGCGGUCUUUCAUCAGGUGUUAUAGCAGGAUUAUGUGUUUUCCUUCUCCUGGUUAUUGUUGCUGUUAUUGCUGCCGGUGUAAUUUUGUAUCGCCGCAGGCUACUAAAGAAACAAAGAGCCAACACUACUCAAAACAAUCCCACCCAGCAGAUCCCAGACAAUGCUUGUGGAUCAGGACUGGACAUGCAGCAGUCAGUUUCAGCAGGUGUCAGUGUAAAUGAAGCAGGGAUGGUUGAAAUGCCUUUGAUAGAUGCUCAACAUCAUCAACAUCUAUAGUAACAUUUCCACGUACAUUAUUGUUGCUCAUCUAUGCCCUGCAGCUCUGAAACCCAUUGACUUGGUACAAAGCUCAUCAUUCUGAAAGGCGCUCUGAUUGGCCAGCUAUCCAUUGUGUGUUGAUUGGCCGAACACCUCGAUCAUCAGGUGGAAAUGUGACGCUCCUUAACAUAUUUGGAAGAUCAGCUCCAAACAGAAGAUAAUGUCGUCUUUACUACCUUAUCAAGACGAGCUCAGAUCUGAUCCAGAAAAUGCAAACUGAUGAACUUUGCAAGUGCGGGAAGAUAUUUCAGUUGGAGACGAUAACUCGUCAAAAACUUUGGGAUUUGUAACUUUGUAUAACAGGAACAUGCACUAACAGACCAAAAGAAAUGUAAAAUCAUGAAUCCGAAAUAUUGUGCUCUUUAAGAUCACAGGAUAUUUUCGUUUAACAUGUGUACAGAUUAUUGCAAAAUGAAAUUCUUGCAUAUUUGUAAAGUAGUAAAGGCUUUACACAAAUGUAAUUAUACAUGGUUUAUGUUACUAGUAAGUUGCUAACAUUUCAUAUUUAUAUUCUUAAAUUACAAAUCCGAAUUAAAUAAUUCUUUUGGUUUGUAUAUUUUGUGUAUAUCUUUGUGCAUUUUGCUUUUGCAUAAGAGUUUUGUUUUUGCGGCCUUCCUUCCUUUUAUGUCCUUAGCCAAUCACGUCCCUGAUAUAUACAUAACAUAAAGUAAGUGCCACAUCAGUAUGAAAUAUUGAUGCCUGUUUGUUUUUAUUUUAGUCUUUGGGACAGAUUUACUAAAUGGGGCAAAUAAUUGUGUGAGCACAAUUCCACAGAAGUGCCGAUGGGAGUGGAAAUAUCUGCUGGUAAUUUAUUAAAAGGCACAAAAUAAAGGGGACAUAUCAUGAAAAUCUGACUUUUUCCAAAUUUAAGUGCUAUAAUUGGGUCCAAGAAAAUGUGAAAAGGAUCAACCCAGCAACUUAGUUUUGGUAAACCAUUCUCUGCAAGCAUGUGAAAAAAUAGCGCAUUGAAAUUUGGCUCCGCUUGUGAUGUCAAAAUGGGAUUUUAUUGUAAUAACACCACCCCUUAAUUGUUCUUCUGGCCUUUUAAAUACAUUCAUAUGUGUCCCUUCUACUAUAUUGUGCUCUGUGAUCUCUGCGAUGCCACCUCCUAGCAGCAACAAUUGUCGACAUUUUGAGCGCAUAAUGAUAUAAGAAGUGCUUUUCUUGGCAUUAAGUAGUGGCGCUCAUAGUCUACCACUAAUUUCACAAGCGUAAAUCUUAGUAAAUUGCAUUGUGAAUAAUUUAAAUAAUCUCCUCCCAUAAAUUUUGAGUCUGAAAGAGAAAAUCCUAGAAAUGCAUGAGAUCUGUAUAGGCCACAGAUUUAGUAAAUCCCGACGAUAGUAUUUAAUGCUAAAUAAUGGUUGGUGCUGACGCAAGCUGUGAGUAAAUCUGACCCUAUUAUUUAGCAGAAUAUUGAAAAUAUCUAUUGUAUACUUAAAUAUUUUUGUUACCGACACCUUUUGACUAAAAAGUCCACCUUAUUCUGCUUACUAGAAAAAAAUCAUGGAAAUGUGUUAGAUUUGUACUCGAGUAGAAAAUGUAAUACUUGAUUCAUCUUCUGCUUUGUAUGAAUCUUAUUUUUUUAGCUUUUUUAUUGCUUUUAAUCCCAAUCUGGGGUUGUUUGGAUCUCAGAUUGUUAAAUGAUAACUUCAGCUUUUGCUAUAGGUCUGAUUUGAACACACUUUAGCUUUUUCAGCUUGAACAAAUAUACAUACAAUGUAUGUCAUUAUUUUUAUUAUUAAUAUUGUUAAAUUGAAAAAAAUUGUAUGUAAAAUGUAUUUCUUUUACAUCUUUUCUAUAAACACUUGACAGGAAUA